AUGUCUGUUGAGAUUUUGUCACAUUACCGGCUCCAGUUUGCCCAUCGAAAGCAAGUCGUCCCGAACAAAAAAAAACCAUUUUCCGAAGAGCAGGCAGUUAUCGAUCCAAUUGAAGGGCAACGGGCAGAAGACAAUAGAGAGGCUGAAAACGCUUCGUUCUUGAAAAAUUUGACAUUUCGAGCUUCGCAAGCAUCUAAACGCGAAGAAAACAGCAACUGGGACAACAUUGUACCAGUUGCUCCACUUUUAAAAACAGGAUUUUCGAGUCAUCUCCUUCAUGGGUCCACUUCGUCUCAACCCACCGAUGACGCCAUUGACCAAUUAGGAAGCAGCAAAGCGCGAUCCCAACUGGUUGUGGGCGACCUAACGGAUCAGCGCGGUCGAGUCACCAUGCCACCUACCGGUAUGUAUCCGCAGAACCCGCCACCCAAAUCACCCAGCAAGAAAACAAACGAAGUCGUCCGCGUGGUAAGGAUUUUCAGUGUUCAUAACAAGACCCUUUCUUUUCUUGAAACAAUGCGGUAUCGACCAAGCUUGUACACUUUCUUCUUAGGCACUGCGCUUCAAAUUCUAUCAGCAUCAGCUUUUAACGCGCCUUUGACAAUUCAGACAUCAGUUUCAAUUCGAUUGACUGUGAAGCGGGGUAUUUUCUCACGAGCAGUCCCUAAAAUAAAGGCAGGCAAUCAAGAUGAGUUGAUGAAAGAGGAAUCUGUAAGAUUGCAAGUUUGGAAAUCUCGAAGAAAUCAAAUUCGACAAACACUCAAGUCGGCCGAUCAAGUGCGUAUUUUCCGUCUCCAACAAGGGUGGGUGCCCGAGUUGGGCGACGACGGUAAACCCUUGAAAUCUGACGGAAAGGUGGCUUUGACACUCACGGCCUUUGUAAUUGCCGCCGGCGCCAUCGCGUUGCGCAUAGGUGGUCGUGCCGCUCUUGUAUCAACUCUGGGGUUGGAUUUCGUGACUGAAAAUCCAGAACUUAAGGCAAAUCUAGACAUUGUUCUCAACACUGCCGACAACAUGGACCCAGUCACCAAGCUUUUACUGUUUACGGCGAGCUGGACUGCGGUCAAAGUUUUGUGUUUUGAUGCUGCGGGCGUGGCGUUGGCAUUGUCAUCAGGAAUUCUUUUUGGAGGGGUGUUACAAGGUGCUGUUGUGUCAGCCGCAGCGGCAACCUUCGGCUCUACCGUGGCGUUUGGGCUGGCAAAACUGGACACUCCUUUACGCAAGAAAGGCUUGGGAUUGCUUGACGAAUACCCAAGUUUACGUGGAAUUGAAAAAGUCGUAGCUAAAGAAGGUUUUAAAGCGAUUUUGACUUUGAGAUUGGCACCAUUGCUUCCAAUUCCUAUCGGUGCGUACAACUACAUCUACUCCAUCACAAACGUCCCUUUGCUCGACUUUUGCGGAGGAAUCUUCAUCGGAAGUCUCAAGCCUUACUUGCUUGAUAGCUACCUUGGGUAUUUUGGGAAGUCGCUUGUUGACGGCACGGCAGAUCAAAAUGGAUGGCAGGAUACCUUGCUAUUGGCAGCUCUUGGUUUUAGCGUUCUCAUCGGUGUCUUUGCAUCACAACUUGCAAGUGAAACGUGGGAUUCAGUCUUGGAAGAA